CCAGCACAACCUCACCGACAACCACCAGCGCCACCUCACCGACAACCACCAGCACAACCUCACCGACAACCACCAGCGCCACCUCACCGACAACCACCAGCACAACCUUGGCUGGUGGCGCUGGUGGUGGUACUGGCCUGCCUUCCUAACACCCCUCAGGUCACAGGUCACGUGGCCCUGACCUUUCCCCCGGCCAGAAGUUAUGACCUUGAUUUUCUGGACAGCUUCCGCACCCAGGGCCCCUGUGGCAUGCCCAAGGGUGACAUAAAGACGACUCUCCUGCAGGGUGCUACUUUCAACGUGUCCUGGCACCUCGCCUACCCACACCGCGGUGGGUUCAGGUUAGAGUUGCUGGACCCGAGGGAGCGGCGGCUGGCGGACCUCACCCCUACCACUGCCACUUCUAAGUUCCUAACUGGAGAUGCUACGGCCCAGGAGUACCGUGUCACGCUUCCCGCGGAGUUGGAGUGUCGUGAUUGUAGUAUAAGAUUGAUACGCCAGGCUGUGGAGUGGGGCAAGAAAUACAUGUUUUGGUCCUGUUCUGAUGUGGAUAUUGUGCCCAGAAGCGAGUACAGGGAGCGGUGCAGCGGUAAUGGGCGUCUAAUGGUGAGCAAGUGUCGGUGUAACAAGGGAUACUACGGAGAGAGGUGUCAGUUCGCCAAUGAAUGCGAGGACAACUCCCAGUGCGGUGUGUUUGGGCGGUGUGUGGACGUGUCAGCCACUGCCUACCCCAAGAAACUGUGCUACUGUAGGGCCGGACGCUUUGGCCCUAAGUGUGGCUCCACCUCUCUGGUCACCAACAAGAAACAAGUCAAUUUACGAGCUCUCAACAAGAAGGUCCUCUCCUCUGACCUGACCUUGUACUGGCGCGUCCUGACCAUCGAGAAGGAGUUGGAGGUGGUCCUAGUGAACAAUGGGACCUCCUACGCUGCCCUGGGGUGGCGUCCUGCAGGAAUAGGCAAGGAAUGUAAAGGAUUUCCAUAUAUUCCUGACGAGAGUUUGGCCAGCAGUGCGUGGAGGCCGAAGGAUGAUGACGCCUUGGUUCCGGAAGGCAAUCCAGAACCAGAGAGUGAACCAGAACCAGAGGGUGAACCGAAGACCGAACCUGAACCAGAAGGCGAACCGGAAAGCGAACCAGAACCACACAGCAAACCCGAACCAGAACCAGAAGGUGAACCGGAACCGGAAAGCGAACCGAAAAGCGAACCGGAACCAGAAAGUGAACCGAAAAGUGAACCGGAACCAGAAAGUGAACCGAAAAGUGAACCGGAACCGGAAAGCGAACCUAUAAGCGAACCGGAAGCGGAAAGCGAACCGAAAAGCGAACCGGAACCGGAAAGUGAACCAAAAGGUGAACCGGAACCGGAAUCCGAACCGAAAGGUGAACCGGAACCAGAACCCGAACCGGAAGGAGGAGAAGGGCCACAAGGCGGUCUCCUCGUUCCUAGCCGGGGCAAGAGGGAGGCUGUAGUCAGCAGAAGACAGAGGAGGUUCGCUGUCCCGCUACUGAAGGAAACCGCUGAUACUGUCAAAGCCGAACCGGAACCAGAGAGUGAACCGAAGAGUGAACCGGAAAGUGAACCGAAGAGUGAACCGGAGAGCGAACCGGAAGCAGAACCGGAGACUGCCAGCAAAUCUCAAGCCAUCGCAGGGAAGACAGCCUUCACUCCAAAGGGCGAUUUUCACGCAAUGGACUGCGCUGACGUAGUGAUGGGCGUGGCUGUUGGCAAUCACUACCGCAUUCAGGACUUCUACACGCGCGACAGGUCAACCCCGCGCCCUGACGAGUUCUGGGGCGGCGCUAACUCCCUGACAGCGGCCCUGGGAUGGGAGGAAGACGGUCAAACGAUUCUACUCUUUCGGCGGAAGUUGGAGGCCACUGAACCAACGGACCACGCCAUCACGAAGGGUCUAAUGCACGUGAUAUGGGCGCGUGGCCAGGAAGUCGGCAACUAUGUCCACUCCCCGAAGUCAGGUCUCGAAGCGGGCCAAGCCAGUGUGCAAGAUUUCUACCGAGCUGGAGAGUUUAAAUACCACGGGAAGGCUGGACAGAGAGGCGUGGUAGCUAUGGACUUCCUGGAGUCGGAGAAAGAGGCGGACAGUCAGGCAAAGGAGGAAGUGGACUGGUGCGGGGACCAUUGGCGAUACCCUUCCUCGUGUCGGCCUGGCGUUGACUGCGAGUACUAUGCUAAGUGGGAGUACGACGAAGGGUCAGACUACAUCACUUUCCUUGUCCAGACCUCAGAGCAGGAGCGAUGGACCGGCAUUGGCUUCACCGACAACAGGAGGAUGUCUCUGACCGACGCAGUACUGGGGUGGGUGGAGCAGAGUGGGCGCUACUUCAUGUACGACGCCUGGGCCCGUGGGUACUCCUCCCCUGUGGUGGACCCGAACCAGGGGAUCAAGAACUUCUCGGCCAAUAUUGAAGACGGGAUCACCACACUCAAAUUUGAAAGAAAGAGAGUGUCGGGAGAUAGAGAAUAUGACCUGAGCUUCACGGACGAGGGGUGUCUAUACAUGGUCUUCCCAAUCAAGGGGGGGCUGGUCAACUUCGUGUCCAAGAAGAUUAGGAAGCACACUCUCACUCCAAUCAUGUCCCCGGAGAGAGUGUGCAUCCGGUCCUGCUCCAAAUUCGGAGGAGCGGACGGCAAACCCUUUGUGUACACUACAACACCACGACCCCCGAGGCUUCAUUACGAGGUGGAGGUGAAGCUGACAGAUGUGGGUGAUGACUUUGUGGUGCCAGAGAGGGGGUCAACUUCCUGGCAACAACUCACAAACAGGGUCAGGGAUACUGUGGAGGGGGCGCUGACCCCUGUGCCGGGCUACUUGGCUACCGAAGUGACUAGUGUAGAGCCAGAUGGAGCAGGCAAUCUCCUCACCAAGAUGGAGGUGAUGAUAGAUGAAAAGGAGCAUUUGAAGGAGGUUGGAACAUUGCCAGCCCUAGAGAGUGGGAAGGGGUCCGUGGUCCGUGAGGUUCUGCAGAAGACAAUCGCUGGGGCCAUGGGUAACCUCCGGGUAGACCCCCAGUACCUCCGUGUCUCAGAGCUCAGAGCAGAGACAUCGAGCGACGGGAACACAGUCACCAGUUUGUCGGGAGAGGAAGAAAAUGCAGCUUUAAGCUUCCUGUCGGUGAACAAGAACUGGGUGAUUGUGGGCAUAGUGGCAGCAUUGGUGGUGUUGACAGUGGUCCAAGCAGCAGUCACUGUCUCCAGAAACAAGAAAUCUGGAACACCACCAGUCUCCACCAAGCAGGAGCGGCUCAUCACCAAUUCUGGGUGGCGAGACUACAGCGGGAACCAAAACUACAUCUACGACACCACCGAGAUGAGAGAAAACGGUGUGAACGCUCGACGGCAGGUCAACACCACGCAACACCAGCACCACCAGCACCACCAGAGCACCAGGCCCGUCACCAGCACCACCAGCCGACCCCAGGCACCACCGAACGGCCACCACCACCACCACAACAAUCACCAAAGUCAACACCAGAUUGAUUCCAGGUCCCUGCAGAGGCCGAGAGGUGCACCACCACAGCGGGCCGAGCAGAGGUCAACUUACUCACUUCCCAGGGGUCAAGGUCACACUCAAGGUCACUCUCAAGGUCACUCUCAAGGUCACACUCAAGGUCAAGGUCACAGCAAGUCACCAGGACAAGAUGUGACUCCAGAUUUUUAUUAUCUGCCAUCACAAAGAAAAUAUACUGGUGAAGUGGUGCACGUUUAUGUUGAUUAUAAUGAGUAAGGUGUGUCUGGGGGUGUGUGUCGGGGUGUCUCGGGGUGUUCUUAGGGUUUUUUCUCUCUCUCUCUUUUCUUUUUUCUCUCUCGAUCUUAUUUUCAGGGUUUUUCAGUCUUUCUCUUGCUCUCUCUCUCUCUCUCUCUCUCUCUCUCUCUCUCUCUCUCUCUCUCUCUCUCUCUCUCUCUCUCUCUCUCUCUCUCUCUCUAGAAUUUUAAGUGCAAUAUGUAUAAACACGAAGAUACAUAAUUAUAUAAAUUGGUCUA